GUCUGAAGUCUGCUUGGACUGGUCUUGCUGGGAUGAAUGCAGCUACAGCUACUUGUCUGUGGCUGGGUCCAUAAAGGAGGUUUUGACCGACGACUGCCUGCUUGGACGCUCGGCGAUGGGAUGGGAUGGGGUGAUGUAAUUGCAUCACCUUGCUCUUCGCCGAUACACCUCCUCAACAUACCACUCUUCAGAAUCAAAUCUUGAGUAGAACACAUCUAAAACCAUGGCCUUGCGAACACUCUCCGCGAAGAGCGCCGCAGCACUCGACCAAGAGCUCAUGUCAACAGGAGCAUUCUCAAUCGAUCAACUGAUGGAGCUUGCUGGACUUUCUGUCUCACAAGCCGUCUUCAAACUCCAACCCCUCAGCAAGGGCAAGCGCAUUCUCGUUGCCUGCGGACCUGGCAACAAUGGCGGCGACGGUCUGGUCGCAGCCCGUCACCUCUUCCACUAUGGCUACCAACCCACCAUCUACUACCCCAAGCAAUCCAAGAACGACCUUUACCAGCGCCUCAAAAAGCAGCUCCAAGACCUCAAAGUCCCCUUCACCGACGACUUCCCCUCUGCGCUGAAAUCCGCAGAUCACAUUGUUGACGCCAUCUUCGGCUUCUCUUUCUCAGGCGAGGUACGCGAGCCGUUCCCCAGCGUGAUUGAAGCCCUGCGUGACACCAAGAUCCCGGUGCUGGCGGUCGAUGCGCCGAGUAGCUGGAAUAUCGAGGAUGGGCCACCGAGUGAGGGACCGGGAAAGGGGUUUAUGCCCGAGGCGCUGAUUAGCUUGACGGCGCCGAAGCCCCUGGUGAAAUGGUUCAAGGGACGGCAUUUCUUGGGAGGAAGGUUCUUGGGUCCGGAGGUGGCGGAGAAGUAUGGGUUGGACGUUCCGAAGUAUGAGGGGCUGGAUCAGGUAGUUGAGGUGCCGGUUGAGGGCGGCAAGUUGUAAUUGCGAUGGAAUGAAGCGGAUUGCGUUGAGUGCGAGCAAUGCAUGCUAUUGCACAGUGACCAAUAGUCCGACUUUGGUUAUCUGAAUAUGAUGAGAGAACCGACUCUAUACAACAAAAUUCUCCGCUUAGAAUGCAGUAUAUGCCACCUUAGUCAAAUCCCA